AUGACUCACCCAAUCUCCAUCUCCAUAUCGAUCAUCGGCGGCGGACCCGCCGGUUUCGCCCUCGCCGCCGAUCUCGCCACCCACGGCCAUAACAUCCUCAUCUACACGCAUCCCCUACACACCCAACACGCUUCGCAUGUGCUCUCUGCCGGCCACCUGCUUUCGCGCGGUGUAAUCGAGGGGGCGACGCAUCCGCAAAUGACGAAUGAUAUGGAUGAUGUGGUGAGCUUUUCGAAAAUUAUUAUUGUUACGGUGCCGUCGACGGGGCAGGAGGAUAUUGUGGGGGAAUUGAGGGGGAGGGAUAGGAGGGGGAGGGAUUUGAGGGAGCAUACGUUGGUGGUUGUGCCGGGGAAUUUGUUUGGGUUGGUUUUUUGUGGUGGGGUUUUGGGGGAGGAUGGGGAGGGGGAUGGGAAGGAGAAGAGGUUGAAUGUAAGGUGUGUGUUGGAGACGAAUUUGAGUCCUUAUUCGUGUAGGAUGGUUCGGGGAGAGGUAUCGGUAUUGGGGAAGAAAAAUCGAUUUUCAAUUGCACCUUUGGGGGGGAUCAUCGAUGCUGGGUUGAAGGAGGAGAUUGAUGCGAUUUUUCCCAUGCGCCUUCAUUGGUGUAGGAAUGUGGUUGAGGUUUGUUUGUUGAAUAUUAAUGGCGUGUUUCAUCCGCUUAUGAUGUUGAUGAAUGCUGGUCGCAUCGAAAGCCCAGACCCAUUCCUCCUCUACCACACUGGCCUCACCCCCUCCAUCUCCAACGCCAUUCUCGCGCUCGACAAAACGCGUCUUGAAAUCGGCGCUGCGCUAGGUUUUCACCUCGAUAGCGUCCUCGAUGUUUCGAAUACAUGCUACGAUGCGCAGUUUACCAAUCUCGUUGAUCUGGCGCGGAAUUCUAAACCGCAUAAUACGAUAGAGGCGCCCCGCACGUUUGAUAAUAGGUAUAUUACAGAGGAUGUACCGGAUUUGUUGGUGCCGUGGUUGGUGUUGGCGGGGAUAUUGGGGGUUGAGAAGGUGAAGGUGCGGGCGGUGGUGGAGAUGGCGGGGAUGGCGAUGGGGAGGGAUUAUGGGGUGGAGGGGAGGGGGUUGGAGAGGUUGGGGUUGGUGGGGGUGGAGAGGGGGGAGCUGUCUGGACUGCGAUCUGACGAUGAGGAUCUGUAA